AUGGUCGAAUUGCGAAAGCGCAAAGCGACAGCAGCACUUCCAGUGCCAUUGCAGAAGCGAACCAAAACCAAGGCGCCUGUCACAAUAUCAGAGGCAGCAGCUCCAUCAUCUGCCAAAUCCUUACCGAAAGUCGAUGAUGUAGUGGACUUGAAUGGUUUUGGUGGUGAUAUCGAGACAAAUGAUAACAACAAAACUACGCUCAGGGCUCUUGUUGAUGACAGCAAAUCUGGUGUAGUGCUGUUCACAUACCCCAAGGCCUCAACCCCUGGCUGCACGAAGCAAGCAUGCUUGUUUCGGGACGGGUUCGACAAGUUAACCUCUACUGGGCUGUCUAUAUACGGCCUAUCGACAGAUUCGCCAAAAGCCAACACUAACUUCAAAACGAAACAGAAUUUGCCAUACACGCUCCUCUGCGACACUGCGUCAACCUUGAUUGGCGCUAUUGGGUUGAAGAAGUUGCCUCGUGGGACCAAUAGAGGUGUCUUUGUCAUAGAUAAGGCAGGCAAAAUUCUUCUCCUCCAGCCGGGUGGUCCAGAUGCAACCGUGGAGGCUGUGCGGCAAUUGGUUCUCUCCAUGUCAAAAGAGGCCGAGAGCAAAGCCAUUUGA